AAGUUGAGUGCUUGUGAACAACAAUAGAAUAUGACUUAAGAGUAAUAUGACUUGAGACAUAAGUUUUUCAUGCAAUGUUGUUUAAGUGUAAUAUUAGUGGUAUUAAACUGUUGUUGCAAUUCUAUUGUUUUUGAAAAUAUAUUCUUGUUAAUCUGUGGAUCAAAUUAAGCUCGAAUGUGUGUAAAUUUAUGAUAUUUUAUGUGUGUGUAUUUGGAUUUCUAAAACAAAUUGUGUAUAAAACGUUAUUGUAAUUUUAACAAGAACUGUUUUGACAUCAUUUCCAUCGAGAUUGAUUUACAUUUUUCAACAAUGUGGGCUAUUACGUUAUUGAUGUUUAUGGUAGCCUUUGUUUCGCAUCCAUCAAAAGGUGCCAAUAGCGGUUGGAAUGACACACCAAAUACACAAUACCAUAUACAAACUGAUGAAGGGCCUGAAAGAUUCUUUCGGUACCAAACAAUAAGUGGGCAAUAUCGCAAAGAAAAACGUUUACAAGAUGGCACAGUAGUUGGUACCACCGGUUGGGUAGACCCAAAUGGUUAUUUACGCUUACAAGAUUAUAUUGCUGACCGUGAAGGUUAUCGAAUAUUAAAAUCCAAAAUGGUAUUUGUCGGACAAAAUGAACCAAUACAAAAAGCUGUAGCAGUUAGUAAAAAUGUACCGGCUCAAAAUGGAAUACUUGUAUCACCUGGAAUUGAAUCUUCAACAAUCUCACCACGGCCCACUGCUACACCUAGCUAUGUACGAGUAUCACCGAAUUCAAUCGAAACGAGUACGAAAUCACCCUUAUCCAUUCCACGUGUUGAAAUUGUACAUAAUGGUUUUGGAGGUGGAUCAACAACGGAUUCAUCGUAUUAUGGAUCCACAACUCCAUCACCAAUUGAUAGUACAGAAGCUAUUUUGAUCGGUGGAGGUUAUUCAACAACAGUGCCUCCCCCAAGUAGUACGUACCUGCCUGUUUCAACAACCUUAGCACCACCAUUGCCUUCCAGCACUUAUUUACCUUCUAGUACUUAUUCACCUUCCAGUACUCCUCGCUACGGUUCGUCAACCCCAAGACCUUUUGCAAGUCCAAAUUCUAUUCCAUACACACCACGAUUCCCACCAAGAAAACCUCAAUAUAUUUCAGAUCCAUAUCAAGAUUUAGGGGAAUACACUGGCAAUCCAAAUAAUGAGCAUCAAUGGGCAUAUCAAGUUGGAGGUAAACCACCUGCGCCCUCGAAUAAGGGGUAUAAUCAAAUUGGAAAUGGCUACACACCACAAUAUCAAGAAUAUGAUGGAGUUUCAGUUACCCGCAAUGGCUUUAGAUACUAUUUACCACGAUUGUAUCAUGAAGAAGAAACAUUACCGGAUAAUGAUAGACAUGGAAGUUUUGGAUAUAUUGAUCCAUUUGGUAUACGAAGAGUUGUGUAUUAUAAUGCAGGAGCUAAAACUGGAUUCACACACAGAAAAAAUAAUCGUUAUGUUGGUUUUGAUGCGACACCUUAUGAUCCAAGACCGUACUAAAUUAUCUUAUAGAAAUUCUAAAUUGAUUCGAAGCCAUUAACAAUUUUUUUUUCAAUUUUAGAUAAUGUUUGUGUGUAUGGAUUUAAUUUGAAUGUUUUGAGAAGAGUGUUGUCAUUUAACCAUUUUUUUAAUUUAUUGCCCUUGUCUUGCCCGUAAUAUUUCCCUUCACUUAAUUCCAGUACUUACGAUAUUGUAUGAAAUUCUAAAGUAAGUGAAAUUUCAGCUGAUUUUAUCAGCUACUAGCAAAAAUAUAAAUUAUCCUUUUCCUGUGCUUAUAAUUAUAUAAUUAGUUAUAAAAACGAUACCGAACGAAAAAUUCAGCUAAUCCUUCGUCACUAUCGACUCCAAAUAUAUUUUUCAUUAUAAACUAGUUAAAACAUGAAUAAUAGCUAUUAUGAGGUGUUAAGGUUAGAAAUUCUUUGAAGAUUCUAAAGCAAUGAAAUAUGAUUAUUGACGCUUGCGUUGCAUUGGUUCAUAUAAAGGUUUAUACUCUUUAACUCUCGGAAUUCUCGGUAAAAUUACUCAAGCGCUACUUUAAUGAAUUGUUUUCACGGAUUUGAUUAUGUAAAGUAUAUUUGACGUGACAUUAUAUUAAACUGAAGUAAUCCAAGCAGAUUCGAAGUCAAUUUAGAAGUGGAGUUUCUGAGCUGUUACCUGAAAACCGACAUAAAACAAUUCCUUAUGCACCAUCCUGAAAAAUUACAAAAGAUAAAAAUCGCAGUAUUUUUAAUUAUUUCGCUGUUGUGUGCGUAUCUAUUUUUGAUCAUAUAGAUAACUGAAAAAAAAAUUACCUUCCUACUUAAAUGUAAAAAGGAGAUAUUUUUCCCGUUGCUGGACAACUUCAUCGGAAAUAUAUUUCUUUACUCGAACCUUCAUUUUUCAUUUAAUUUUCAUUAACCAUUUUCUCUCGAAAAUUGUUCAUUUUAAAUUGAAAAAAUUAUAUUCUGUCAUAUUAAAUUGCAAAAACUCGUUCUAACGACAAGGACAAAAAAUUUGUUCCAGCUUUUUUUCUUGAA